AUGAGCAGUUUGAGGGGUCCAAACGCACUGGCCACACUAUUAGGAGCAUUGUCCAAGGCCAGGAGGGGAGAACGACUCUUCGUUCGGAUUCGCCACGGGCCCGGCGCGCACUUGGUUAACGAUCAUAAGCCCCUGAUUGCCUUCACCACCGGCUCCGGCAUCGCACCCUUGCGGGGUCUUUUGCAGGCCAGGUCCGCCAUUGCGGCCGAUCGGCCAGCCGCGAGCAAAAUGAUGGAGUUAAAGAUGGGAAAGACGAGCCGAGAGGAUUCGAUAUCCUUGUUCCUUGGCUUCAGGCCCGGCGACGCCGACAUCGUUGCCGAGUCCACCCACGAAGCCUUGGCACUGGAGCUGGUGGAUAUGCUACACUUGACGCCGAGCAACCCGGAAAAGAACCGAGCUCAGGAUAAGAUAUUCAAAGAGGGGGUUGCGAACCAGAUACGGAAUAAGAUUCGAGACGAGGGAGCAAGCGUCUUUGUUUGUGCGUCGAAAGAGGCGGCGGAUGACUUUGCGCGGAAUCUUGAAGCAAUUGUGGGAGUCAAGUCCAUCAGAGAGGUUCUGGGCGAGAGAUGGGUCGAGGAGGUCUACGUAUUCACUGAGGCCUGA